UAACCUUUAUCUCUCUUACUUUAUUCUUCUUAUUCCUUUCUUUUUUAUGCCUCUUACAUUGGAAAAUUGCUUUACAAAGAAGGCUUGUAUUUUAUCAUUCAUUACGGCUUUGGCUGUAGCAAAUGUUUCUGGUCCUCAAUAUGUCUAUCCAACCUUCGGUACAUCAUUGAUAACUCGUUUUCACUGGAAUGGAAUUGAGAACAGUAUAGUCAGUACUGCAACAUUCGUAGGCGUAUCUUUCUCAGGUCCUUUAUGUGCUUGGAUGAUUGAGAACUUGUCAUUUAGAAGAACAUUGAUAAUAUCCUCCUUUACAGCAUUUGCGGGGUUAUUAUUGCUAGCUCAGACUUAUGCAGGACAUUUAUCUCACAACUACAUCUUGUGUUCAGUAUAUUUAGCAUGCAUGGGUGCUGCUGGUGCUGCAUCCUAUCUUUGUGCUCUCGAUUCACAGGCUCAUAAUUUUAAAUCACACCGAGGAAUGAGUAUGGGUUUUACAAGUGCUUCUUUGGGCAUCAGUGGUUUAGUAUUCUCACAAAUCAAUGAUAAAUUCUUCAAGUCACAAGUAGAAAACGAUGAACAAGACAGCAGCACCUAUGAUUAUUUGAUUUUUAUUGCAUGCUGUAUAUUAUGUGUCACUUUGUUUGGAUCAUUUGUGUUGGGUCCUAUUGAUACUAGCGAACAAGUGGAUAUUGUUCAAGAUUUAAGAGAACAAGAAGAAGAAUUGGCACAGAACUUGAAUAAUCACAAUUACACGCAAAGCAUCAGCAGUUUCAGUACAUCAUCCACCCGAUAUGAGGACGAUGAAACAGAAGGUGCAGGAGAAGAAAGACCACUUUUGAUUAAAAAUGUGAUUAUAUCUGCUGAUAAUAUAUCCAUGAUCAAGAAAAUCAAUCAGGCACAAGAAGAAAAUAUUGAACAACCUUAUAUCACAGGUGUUGCGUUUUUUACUGACCCUGUUGGUUUUGCUCUAUCAAUUGCGCUUUUAGUUAUUUUGGGGUUAGGAUAUGUUUAUUUGGCUAACUUGGGCCAGUUAAUUAUCUCAGUUUCGCCCAAGGACAUGAAGCCCAAUGAAGCACAGCAUUUACGUAACGUGCAUGUUUCUAUCUUUAGCCUUGCGAAUUGUGCUUCAAGAGCCUUGUUCGGUGUACUAAGUGAUAUUCUUUUAAAAAGAGCUGGUGUUCAUCGUCUUUGGUUCUUCUGGAGUGCCGCUGUUGGUCUGAUGAUGUCCCUGACGUAUCUUGUCAGUAUUGUCUCCACUGCUGAUGAAUUGAUCUCAUGUACUGUCAUGGUCGCUAUUGUCUAUGGUAUUACUUUUGGUAUCGCACCUGCUACGAUCAGUGAAUUUGGAACAAAGGCAUUUGCUCGUAAUUGGGGCUGGUUAUUAUGUGCUCCAGCAAUCGGUAGUCAAUUAUUCAAUGUCUUGUUUGGUACAGUUUAUGAAGCAGAAUCAAAGCGUCAAGGAAGUUCUGGAUCUUGCUUUGGAUCGGCUUGUUAUCAAAUGACUUUUUUAGUUGGAAUAUUUUCUGCUUUUAUUUGCACCUUGGUUUUGUCGCUGGCGAUUUACAAAAAGGGUUUACACAAGCAAACGACCGUUUUUCACUAAUCUAUCGCUAUUGAUGCGGUUGAUCAUAAUUCCCUUACUUAAUCCCCCUUUCCCCAACCUUCCCCCUGUCAAAACACAAUAUUAAUUGACAUCUUUCUAAAUCAUAAAGUAUUGAACUUGCCCCUAUUAAUGAUUUUUGUUUGUUUGCUUAAGAGAAUGCAGUUACUGCAUUUAUCAAUGAAAGGUGUUAUACACUGACCCCAAAUAAAAAGUUGCCCAGUUUUUUGACAUUCGAGCUCAACAACAAAGGUAUCCUAAUUCAAGAGCUUUUUAAUAUACCAAAAUGAUACUU